AUGUCGUCCUUCUUCGGUCUCUCCAAGACUCGCACAUUCAAGCCCAAGCGCAACAUCCCCGAGGGCACAAAGCAGUAUCAGCUGAAGCGAUAUGCUGAGGCUACACUUGGAAGCGGCAACCUCCGCCUCGCCGUCGUCCUGCCCGAAGGUGAAGAUCUAAACGAAUGGCUUGCGGUCAAUACGGUCGACUUUUUCAAUCACGUCAACAUGCUCUAUGGUACCAUGACCGAAUUCUGCACACCCACAGAAUGUCCUGUGAUGUGCGCUGGUCCACGUUUCGAGUACCACUGGCAAGAUGCUAACUCGGCACUCUACCGACGCCCGACCAAGAUGUCAGCACCGGAAUACGUCGACUGCCUCAUGAACUGGGCGCAAUCGCAGCUGGACGACGAGGAGCUCUUCCCAAGCAAGGUCGGUGUGCCUUUUCCCAAGAACUUCGCGGCAGUAGUCAAGUCGAUCUUGAGGAGACUGUUCCGUGUUUAUGCACACAUCUACAACCACCACUUUGCUCAAGUAUGCGCACUCAGCAUCGAGGCACAUCUCAACACAUCAUACCGCCACUUCUUGUUGUUCAUCACCGAGUUCCAGCUGGUCGAGCGACGAGAGUUGGCACCAUUGGUGGAGCUUAACGAGGCAAUUCUUGGCGAAGCAUGA